AUUAUUUUUGUGCUGUCAAAUUCAAGCCAAGUAGUAUUGAGUCUAUUGACUGACGUUUAUUUUAUAUUUUGUUCGACAGCAAAGUUUAAAAGAAUACUUUCGGCACCUUGAAAUCUCUAAAAAACCAUUUCAGUGUUGAAUCAUAGUGCCCUGUGUUCUGUUGUAAGUGACUAAUCAUCGAAACUUUACGUAGCAUACGGUUUUAAAGACACCGGCUGGCUAUUAAUAUCAAGAAAAAUGUCUAUACAAUGGACUUUCAUUGCUGGAUACCUCUACUUCGAGGUAGCUGUCGUCAUUAUUAUGGUACUGCCCAUAUUUAGUCCUAGAAGAUGGAAUCAAUUCUUCAAGUCACGUUUGUUUUCCAUGUUUCAACAACAUGCCGCAGUAUACUUUUACGUAUUUCUAGGAGUACUAAGUCUAUUUUUAUUUGAUGCUAUAAGAGAAAUGCGGAAAUAUUCACACAGCAUGGAUGCGGCUUCGCACACGCACCUUUCAAAUGAAAUGAAAGGGAAUGUUAAGUUAUUUAGAGCACAGAGAAAUUUCUACAUAACUGGGUUUGCUAUUUUCCUUACCUUUGUUAUUCGAAGAUUGGUAACAAUGCUCAUUAUUCAAGAUGAACUGAGCAAGAAAGCUGAAAACAUAAUAAGGGAGGCAGAGGCCACAGUAAAGUUGGCUAAAACCACAGUGUUAGCUAACACACUGCAGGCUUCUGAACAAAAUAAUUACGACGAAAUAAAGAACCAACUGGAAGAGACUGAGAAACACCUGAAUGAGGAGAAAUCUAAAGUCAAAGACUUGGAGGAAGAAGCUAAGACUUGGAAAUUAAAGUAUGAAGAAGCCAUUGCUGCUACUGCAAGUUUAGGGAAAGGAGAUGAAUGAACAUUGCAAUUAAGUUGUAACUAAGUUAUUUGAUGAACAAAAGUAAACAAAUAAUUUCUAAGUAACAUUUAUGUUGUGCUGGGUGACUAAUCUUUGACUAAUCAUGAUUACUACUAUAUGAGUAUGAUAUGAGAUCUUGUUGAUUAAAUUUGAUGUAACUUUAAAUACCCUUUAUGUAAUAUGUUAAAUGCAUUUACUUUUUCUAACUUUAUCAUUACCUUGUUUAAGAUGUCUAUGGAGAUUAUUUGUAUAUAUUAACAUUCUUCCUAUUUUAUGGUUAAUUUAAGACCCCUGAGGGGCAAGGGGCAAUGGUAAUGUAACAAGAAAAAAAACAUAUAAAAAUAAUGUAUUCAAGUUAUAGAAAAAUUUAAACUUUGAAACUAGUACUUAAACAUGACUGUUUUAGAGACUUGUUAAAAAUUGAGAAUAUUUUUGAUCAUAACAUGCUGGUGCUUUGAGAUCUUGUAUAUUUAGAAACUAUAUCAUUACUAUUUUACUAAUAUUAUGAUAGUUUAUUGAUUUCUAGUCUUGUUAAAACAUACUUAACUAUAUUUUAUCAACAAAUGCAUUGAGUAAUGAAUGUUCUAGAAGCAAUUGUUGAUUUUAAUAGUAAGUUAUAUAAAUCUGUAGUUGAAAA